GGAGGGAGUGAUGAUGGAUACCCAGAAGGAUGUGCAACCGCCAAAACAGCAGCCUAUGAUAUACAUCUGUGGAGAAUGUCAUACAGAAAAUGAAAUAAAAUCCAAGGAGCCAAUCAAAUGCAGAGAAUGUGGAUAUAGAAUAAUGUACAAGAAAAGAACAAAAAGAUUGGUGGGUUUUGAUAUCUGGUGA